CGAAGGGCCGAUGGUUAUUCAGGAAACGUGGGUAGAUCGAACCACGACACAGGAAGAGAUACCAAUGAUUGAAGAAUGCAGAGGCUUGAAAAAGAUUGGCGAUACUCAAAACAAGGGGGCAGAGGAUUCUGACACAAGCUAUGAGCUUGCCCCAGCGUUUAAGUCUGUAGAGCCGGAUAUCAGCUAUGGGCUGGCUCAACUUUCUGAGACCAUCGAGCCAGAUGUUAGCUAUGAGUUGGCUCAACUGUUUGAGACCCCCGAUCUAGACAUGGGUUGUGAGUUUGCCCAGCCAUUUGAGUCUGUUGACCCGGAUGUCGGCUACAAGCUGACUCAUCCUUUUGAGACUGUCGAGUCGGACGUCAGCUAUGAGCUGGUGCAACUAUUUGGGACCAUCGAACAUGAUGACGACUAUGACUUGGUUCAACUCUUUGAGGCCUCCGAACCGGAUAUGGACUAUGAGCUCCAACUGUUUGAGACCGUCGAUACGUAUGAAAACGAUGUUGAGAGCUCUCUUACGACAACAAUAAGUCGUGAUCUGGCAACUAUGAAAGAUAUCGAGGGCUCUCAAAUGGAUCAAUGCAAGUCAAUAAGUAAGUGCGAAGUGGUGAGUAUUGGGGGUGAAUUCGUUGAAGAUUGUUUGGGGAGUCAGGAGAGUGAUAACCCACUUGCGUUUGACCAAGAAGAGGAAGAGAGGACCGUGAUGGAAGUGAAAUUUAUUGUGAAUGCCGACAGACCAGAAAACAUGUCGAUGAGAAUUAUGAAAAUAUCGGGACUUGAGGAGAGAUUAGAAGCGGGGAAACCCGCUGUGGGUGUGAGGAGAUUCGAGGACAAGGACUUGGUCGGAACUGAAAAUUGGGUCGCAGGUUCGGGAAUUGUGGUUGAGAUACGAGAACGGAAUCUAGAGUUGGGUUUUCUUUUGUUGUUGACCCUUGUCUCUUCGUGCACUCAUGCAUGUGGCCGGUGUUGCUGCUCUUGCUUCGGCCAAUCGGUUUACAACGCUUUCUUUACUAGUGGUGGUAUAAAGGGGGUACUACACUCCUUGGUGGGGGUAUGGAUCCGUCUAAGCCUGUCGUGCGGGGCUUUUUCUGCGAAGCCUUCCUAUACUCCUUUGAUACUCUCAUUGAGUGGAUGGAGACGAGAUGGGAGGAGGACGAAUGCGCUCGAGGAUGAGGAUGCUGGGCCUGGAAGGUUCAAAAACCUGACAUUGAAAGAGGGGGGCGGUCUACCAUUUAUUAGACUAAUAAAGUCGACCAGUAAGCGUAAAAGCAUGGGUAGACCAUACUUCCACAAGUGGCGAGACAAAACCAAAGCCCGUUAGAGCCUGGCAACGCGCGAGUGGUGGAGAGAACAAGCCAGGGAUAAAAAGAGGAAAGCAAA